GGGUCUCGUGAUCAGCCGCCGCUUCCGGCCGUCGCCGCAGCUGGUUUUGGGUCCUUCCGCUCCGGAUCUUGCGCUCUAGGUAGGCGAUGCGGCGGGAGCAGGGCCUGCAGAGAGAGUGGGUGCAGUGGGGUCGUCCUCCCUGGGGUUGUCCUCCCUAGGUGGUUCGUGGCUCGCGGAGCGCAGCGAGGGGGCGGGCGCAGACGGCGGACCGGAACAUGGCCCUUUGCCUCUACAUCCCGGGAGCUCUGGAGACAGAUGGCUUUUCUGCCAGAGGGAGGAUCGAUCCGGUGCCUGGCGUAGGGGGUGGGGAAGAAUGAACAGCUACGAGCGCGCACCUAACCCUGCAGCAACAUCUGAGGGACCUGCUCUCUGGGUUGGUGGAUUGAGGAGGAAGAGGCAGUGAUGUCUGUCGUGGGGGCUGCAACCCCAUACCUGAAUCUUCCCAGUGAUGGUCACAGUGGCCGGGUGAGUUUCUUGGGGGCCCAGCUCCCUCCUGACGUGGCAGCAAUGCCCCAGCUCCUGGGGGAGCUGGACAGGAGCACGUUCAGAAAGUUGCUGAAGCUGGUGGUCAGCAGCCUGCAGGGAGAGGACUGCCGCGAGGCUGUGCAGCACCUCGGGGCGAGCGUGGGCCUGCCAGAGGAGCGGCUGGGCACCCUGCUCGCAGGCGUGCAUACCUUGCUCCGGCAGGCCCUGCGGCUGCCCCCGGCCAGCCUGAAACCUGAGGCCUUCAAGAACCAGCUCGAGGAGCUCUGCAUCCCCCAGGACCUGGCCGGGGACCUGGCCAGCGUGGUGUUCGGGAGCCAGCGGCCCCUCCUCGACUCCGUGGCCAGCCAGCAAGGUGCCUGGCUACCCCGUGUGGCCAACUUCUGGUGGCGGGUGGAUGUGGCCAUCUCCACUAGCUCCCUAGCCCGCUCCCUGCGGCCAAGCAUCCUGAUGCAGCUGGAGCUCUCUGAUGGGUCGGCACACCGCUUUGAAGUCUCCACGGCCAAAUUCCAGGAGCUGAGGUAUGGUGUGGCGCUGGUCCUGAAGGAGAUGGCGGAUCUGGAGAAGAGGUGUGACCGGAAACUCCAGGACUGAGCCUGUUGGGACAGCUGUGUGGGCGUGGCCCCAGAAGGCAGUCUGCGUGUCCUGGGGCAGGCCAGCAACGGAGGUGCCUAAGUGUGAUGAUUGUGUUUUCUUUUUCAUUGAAAAAGACAGCUGUGCCUGUUUUUCUUUUCUUUUUCUUUUUUUUUUUUGGAAGUAAAGCAGCUGUAGAACAUCUGUCCUCAGUGGGCAUCAGAGAGAGGAGCAGGGGUCCUCGGUACUUCUAGGGUGGGAGUGUGCAGAGGCCACGAGCAGCUUUGCACCGUCAGCAUCACCGACUCUAUGCAGGGGCCUUGGGGUGCUGCUCUGGGCAGAGCCUGGUCCCCUUUGCUGCUGGAUCGUGUUCCCCUGGCUGUGUCCCUCUCCCCUUCUGGUCCACUUUCUGUUUGCUUUGUGUGGAGAAGGUGUGUGGGGAAGGUCCACUUCCUGUUCGCUCUGUGUGAAGAACCGAAGUCCCAUGCAGUAAACGGGGCCCACGUGGCAUAUAGGAAUUUCUCAUACAGCGAAUGCGCUUUAGAGCCCACCUUGCCUCUGCGGCCAAGCUUGGCAUCUUGUAAGCUCCCUGUACCCCAUGAACUGCCUCUUGCUGUCCCCUUCCUCUGGGUACACUUGGGGACCUGGGCUGCGUAGAAGAGGAGGAGGCUGCCUUCAUGUCCACUCCUGGCAACUUGUUGUACAUUUGAAAAAAGCUAAAAAAACACACACACACUCAAAAUACUCUACGGAACCCCUGCCAUAGACAGCCCUGGAAACAUUCUGACCUGUUUUUCUUCCCAGAUUUUAUACCUAUGCUGUGUGUGUUGUGCAGUAUUACUGGUGCAGGCAGUCCGUGGGUGAGGUCGGGCUGGUACGCUGUGUCUGGCCUCCCGGCUACGUUCCUCACCGUGCACUCUGCUGCCAAGGAGAAGCCCCGUGGACUAGGAGCUGGAACACCCUUCUAAAUCAUGGGCUUGGCGGCAGUGAGAGGAGGCCGUGUCUCGGGUCCGUGAGAAACAUGUAAACCCCUUCUUCAAGGACCAGAGUCGUCGUCAUUUGCAAACAUGACCUCAAGCCUUGCAGUGAUCCUUACAGAUAAAAGUUGUUUUUCUGUUUCAUAGGUAAACUGAGGCUCAGAGGUCACAUGCUUCAAAUAGUACGCAAGAACAAGACUCUUGUGGGCCCCUCUGGCUUCCGGGCCAUGGAGGGGACCCCCUUUGUCCUACAAGCGGCUUUGUGCCUCCUACAGCUCUGCCCGUCAGGAUAGGAAUAGCAGCCACAGACCCUAAGUAAACAAGUAGGCGUGGCUGCAUUCCAAUCAAACUUUAUUUAGGGAUGCUGAAAUUUGAGUUUCAUGUGUUACAAAAUAUUUUUCUUUUUUUUCCCCAACCAUUUAAAAACCAUUCUUAGCCUUAAGGCCUUAUGAAAGAAACCAGGUGGCUGUGGAAUUUAGGCCGCCAGUGAGUUUGCUGAGCCAUGCUCCAGCUGUCUGCCUCCCUUACCCUGGCCCCCGGGGUGGCGGCCUCUCCUCUGAGCCCACAGGACUUCCCCUGGAAUGCAGUGUGACAGUCCAUCCAGUAGGUGUCAGUCUGCCACCAGAAUGGGACUCCUCCAGGACAGGGGCUGCCCUUGUCCCUCUUUGUUCCCUUGCAGGAGGAAUGGACACUUGCAUCUGGAAAAUUGCCCCUUUCACUUCUGUUGGCCUUAUUUAGUGUUCGUUUUUUGUGGGAACUCUGUGCUGGUGAGUUUCCUCCCUUCUCCCUGGAUGCUCCCCAAAUGCAUCAUCCCUUCACUCAAGGAACAUUUCUGGGGCUUUGAAUGUGAGCCACCAUACUGGGGACUGGGGUCAGGGCCUAUCCUCGCUUGGCUCCAUUUUGUUUUAUUUUGUGAUGUUUUCAGAAAGCUCAACAUUGUUCAGAUUCAACAUCACAGCACAGGUUAAUCUGAUAAGUGAGACAAAAAACCAUUUCAGAUCAAAAUUAUGGGUUUAUUUGCAUUAACUAAUUUAUUAAUUGGUCUCCACAAUAAAAAACCAAAAGGUUUAAAAUCUAGUCUGAAAUAGAAUUCUGGAAAUGUGGAAAAGGAGCCUACUAUUGUGUUUAUGAAAGCCCAAAUUGGAUGUAUAGCUCGACAGUAGAGCAGAGUGUUUCUGUACUGUUCCUGGGCAGCACUCCGGGAGCCUCAGCCGCCUCCUCAACCAUGCGGCAAACCAGCAAGCAGUGCACUUGCCUCAUAAAGCAGAGCUGUGCAGCAGUUUGCACUGAAAAUAUUUCCUUGUGCGUAUCAUUUUAUAGUUUAGCAGAGGGAUUAAGUAGCUUGUCCAAAGUCACACUCCUUGAAAGUGACAGCACCAUCUGUUAUCAGACGCCUAGUGGUUCAGCCCGUGCAGCGCUCACACACGGGAAUCACGUCCUGUUCACAUGGACUUCUGCCUGCAGUUGAUGCUCCAGACCAGAAUGUAGGACUUAGAUUUAUUUCUAUUGAAUUGACCAAACUGCCUCACUUUGAGCUUAGAGGAGAAAGAAUUCCCCAGGGGCUGGAGGACAUGAAGUUUUGAUCUAACAGAGCGGGGGCAAGGCAGCCUAGUGCAGUGGCGAGCACUGGGAAAGCAGCCACAGGAGAUACACAAACGGGCAUGUCUGUGGUCCAGUAAAACUUGGUUCAGGCACGCUGAAAUGUGAAUUUCAUGUCAUUCACAAAUGUCACAAAAUAUUUUUCAACUAUUUAAAAAUGUAAAAACCAUUCUUAACCCUCAGGCUGUACAAAAGCAGGCUGCAGACAAGGUUUGGCCCACAGGCUGUAGUUUGACAACCCUGAUCAGGGUCCAUGUUAGUGUGACAGGAGAAUCCAGGUGCUGAACAAGAAUGAAGUGUGACUCCUGUCAGCCCCUUUUUGGUCACCCUGCAUUUGCUGUUAGGGGAAAGAAGGAAGCAUCAUGCCCAGGGUGGAAUCUGGAAUUUUCAACACAGUCUGUCACUUCUACCUCUUUUGGCCUGAUCAUGGUAACCAAGAAGUGGCCGAGAGAUGACCACUUUCUGGGGACAGCCACAUUCGUGACCAAACUGCCUUACUAAGUCCUGUAGACCAGGAGGAAGUGAGAGAGGGGGUCAGAAAUCCGGACGCCUCAACAGUCCCAAUGCCUGUGGAUGGUAGUGUGGAAUGUCCAUAACCUUGACUGUUGUCCAUUGUUGGGUGGCCCACAAAACCUAAAAUAUUUACUAUACGGCCGUUUAAAGAAAGUUUGCCCAGCUGUCCUAGAUAAAAAGGUAACGACUACUUUGUUGAGUACAUUACUUGCUUUUCAGUAGCCCAUGCUACCAAGGUGGGGGGUGUACAGCUUACAAAAAUGCCUAUUCCUCAUGUACCUGACCCUUCCAGACAAAAGGUCUGAGUGUGAGUAGGGGAUGGCUGGAGAAAAGGUGAAGUAACAGCUACUGAAAUGGGGCACACUGAUUUCUUGGCCGAGUAACAAUCCUGGCACCUGGGGAGGGAACACCCUAGACCCCUUUGGGUGGGGUUGGAGUGUGACAACUGACAAUCAGUGCUCUAGAUCUAGCUCUGCGGUCCAGUCAUUCUAGGCAUGCCAUCAGACAAUCAUACAAAACCACCACAUGGUGUACCCACGCUGAAUGGCAGUGGCUGGUAAUUAACCUGGUUUAGCAUCUCCAUCCACGUGCUGUAAAGUCAGAAGAACUCACAGAGAGAAGACUGGUCCUGAACUAUUCUGAGCUCUUGAACUCCCUUAGUACAUGUGCAAACACAGGCAAGCACAACCUUGCUUCAGUCUGAUGUGAACAGACACGUUUCUGAUGCCCAGACAGCCUUAGGUUACUUAGGUUAUGCCAUGCCUGGCAGUCGAAGCUGCAGUUUCACAGUGACACUGCCCAGUGUGAGUGGCCAACCUGUGUCCCUUUAGGUUACACGUUUAUGGGGGGAAUGGGCUACAAAGUGUCUCUCCAUUAGGGAUGGAAGCACUUUUUGACUCAAAUGUUGCCCCUGUAAUUAUUGGCACUAGGAGCCCUGGUGGCACAAUGGUUAAGCACUCAGCUGCCAACUGAAAG